CUUCCAGAAGGUCCGGGCCGCCAAGCCCAUCCCGGCGUCCUUUGCGCCGCAGACCGCCCCGGUCCCUUCGGCCGCCGUCAUUUCGGAGUUGCUAUAGAAACCCCGGCUGUAGCCAUGUCCUUGCAACCGGUCCCUCCGUCGCGGGUGUUCCUGGAACUCGCUCCCUGGACUGACCGAGGCCGGGAGAACGAUGCGGUUUCGGGAGAGGCGCUGCCCAGCCUGCGCCGCCCCCUGUCCCCCGCGCAGGCCCAGACGGCUCCCGGCCAGGUGCACGUACGCGGCACCGCGGAGGUGUCUGCGCGCCCCGACCGGGCUCUGCUGGCGGUGCGAGUGAGCAGCACCAAGGAGGCGGCGGCCGAGGCCAAGAAGAGCGUGUGCCGCCGCCUGGACUACAUCACGCAGAGUCUCCAGCAGCAGGGUUUGCAGUCAGAAAAUGUAACAGUGACAAAGGAUUUUAGAAGAGUGAAAAAUGCUUAUCACAUGGAAGCAGAGGUCUGCGUUACAUUUACUGAAUUUGGAAAAAUGCAAAAUAUUUGUAACUUUUUCGUUGAAAAGCUAGAUAGUUCUGUUGUCAUCAGCCCACCCCAAUUCUAUCACACUCCAGGUUCUGUUGAGAAUCUUCGACGACAAGCCUGUCUUGUUGCUGUUGAGAAUGCACGGCGUAAAGCUCAAGAAGUCUGUAAUCUUGUUGGCCAAACCCUAGGAAAACCUUUACUUAUCAAAGAAGAAGAAACAAAAGAAUGGGAAGGCCAGGUAGAUGAUCACCAGUCACCCAGACUCUCAAGUUCACUAACUGUACAACAGAAAAUCACAAGUGCGACAAUACAUGCUGCUUCAAAAGUAUUUAUAACUUUUGAGGUAAAGGGGAAAGAGAAGAGAAAAAAGCAUAUCUGAAAUACAGCCAAAAUAUAUUUGUAUCUUUGUGUCUAUUUUUAUACUUUUUAUAAUAAUGUUUUCUUUUGUCCUGAAUGUUCCAUUGUACAGUAAACUAUUUCUCUAAAAUCUAUAGUCUUACAGAAUAUUUAUAUUCACUGUUGCUGUUUUCAAAAACUUACUCAAAUAUUCUGGGAAAGUAAAUGUGUUAUGGCCACAGGUGUUUACUGAUGAUACAUGCAAGUGCGUGCCUAAGUAAUAUUUCUGAUAGUGAGAACUAUCAAUGCUUUUAUUUCAUCAUUCCUAAGGAUUUUUAAGAUAACAUUUAAACAUUUAUGUUAAAACUAGGCUUCAACAAAUUCAUUUAAUGUUUAAAAUUGUAAGACAAAAAUUUUUACAUUUGAAAAAGAAUUUUUAUAUCCCAUCAAACCUAAUAACUUUCUGCAACUCAUGGUGAAUAUAAAUACACUAUUUUAAAGACAUCCUGUCGAGUCUGAGAUUUUGGUUUACCCUACUUAAGCUAUUCAGUUAGUCUGUUACCAUUUCAUGGUUAGUGACAGCAGACAUGAAACUCUGGGACAAAAGCAAGGGACUUUUACUCAUGGCACAGCAAGGACCAGGCACUUCAUAUUUCCAUUGGUUCCCCUUGUCCCAGGUGUCAUGGGGGUACCAUGAUCUUUUCAAACACAGUAUGGCUACAUAUACAAUGAGUUUUCAUGGUAGCUGAAAAAUACUAAGGUUGGAAGAUUCAUUGCUUUCUUUUUUUUUUUUAAAGGUUUUUUCCAUAGUGCGCAUAUACUCACCAGAGAUAGA